CUCAGAAAAGCGUUACAGAGCACCUGCAAUGUAUUUAGGCAUCCUGCAGAGAGCGGCUGGCAAAAUUAACAGAUAUCGGGCAACAAAAUCAGAAUAAAAGUUACAGCAAGAAUAGGGAAGAGGCGACAACGACAGUGUGGUGGGUAUAGCGAGGUUCUGCAAUAAAGAAGUCUUACAACCAGAGCGUAUUCAUCAUGGAUGAACCUGAAGUCCAAGUAAAGAACCCAAAGCCUCUGAAAGAAGUUGAGACUGAAAAGAAAGGCAGUGGUUGUCAUGGUCUCUCCUCCGCGCAAAAGAGAAUGGUCAUGAUGCAGCAAGCAGCCCCCGAAUCGACCGCUUAUGUUGAAACGUUUGCGGUUUGCACCACCAACCAUAUUGAACCACAGGAUGUUUUCAAGACUUUUACCUCACUGCAUCCCAUACUGACAUCCAAAAUAGACAUGGAUGAAACUAGAAAGGAGUUUGUUGUUACUUUGGGUAGCAAUGUGGCCUUCGACGUCAAACCUGAAAUCUUAGAUGCUGACAUCGAUGUUGAGGAUUACAUCAAGCAGUCAACACCAUUGAUGGAUAUUUUUCGUGGACCCCUCGUCAAUUAUCGGUACUGCAUUCAGGGAGAAAACAACAUCCUAGUACUUCAUUUUCACCACGUGAUCGUCGACAGCGUAACAUUCAUCAAUCUCUUGAGAAACAUCAACGGUCUUAUAGCGGGCGCCUCCAACGUUCAAGGAGCUCCAUUAUCAGCUACACCCUAUUCAUCAUUUGUAGACUGGGAGAGUGCUGAACGAGAAUCAGCACGACACAGAGCUGACCAAGUUUUCUGGAAAGAGACUUUCUCAAGCAUUCCAACUCGGGCAAGUUUGGCUGUUCUCCCUUUGAGCGAGCGUGAAUGGAGCGACGCAAAUAUCUACAAGGCGAGGCAGGCCAAAAUCAUCCUCCCAAGAGAGUCGAUGGAAUCGAUCAGAAAGUACUGCCAGUCGAUUGGCGUGACGCCAUUCAAGUACUAUCUGGCUUGCACCAUGCUGGUUUACCAGCGUUACAUCGGGACUGAAGACGUUACUCUUGCAGUCCCGGUUUCAACAAGACCUCGGACACACCAAAACACCGAUGGUCUCUUUGUCAACACAGUUCUGUUUCGAAAAGUUCUGCGAACCGACAUCACCUUCACAGAUUACGUGAAAGAUGUUGCCGAUAGCUGGAUGGAGACGUACAGUCACUCUCAGUAUCCUAUUGAAGAGGUUGUUAAGAUCGUAAAAGAGGCGCAUGGAAUGAGUAUGUCAUCAUUCUGUUGCAUGAUGUUAAAUAGCUACACCAUGCAGACAUCUAAGGUGAUGCGUAUACCUGCAAAGCACGCCAAGAUGCCCGUAGACUUUGACGUCAUUUUCAAGAGAGAUGAGAAGACAAUCGAAAUCGUUGUAGAAUGGGCAGACGAAUUAAUUGAAGCAGGUGUAGCUCAGAGAUUGGCUGAAGGUGUUACUCAUACGUUCUGUGAAGCCUAUCAACAAGCAGACAAUGUCACGCAGAGCAUUCAAGUUUUAUCCACAUCUGAGCUCGAUCUUCUUGAGUCGUUCAGUCAUCAUCUUGAGAAAAGUCAAACCAUCCCUGAACAACCAGUCCACUUGGUAUUUGAAGACCACGCUGUCAAGAAUCCAGAUUUGAUCGCAGUGUCUUGUAGAGACGUCUCUCUCACAUACAAGCAGCUCAAUGUCAUGGCAUCCAGCAUUGCUCGGGGUCUCCUUGAAAACACCGACCAACUUACACUUCAAAAGAGACCGGUUGCCAUCGUCAUGCAGAAGGAUGAAUACACAGUGGCAUCGGUACUCGGAAUCUGGAAAGCCGGAGGUCACUUCUUACCUGUUGUAGUAAGUAAUCAGAAUCCAUUGAAGGGAAUCUUUGAGAGGUGUGAGCCAGCUGCUGUGCUGUACAACACUCGACUCGAGGCUUUAUCCAUCCCCACCACAUCAAGGAAGCAAUGUCCUGUCCUUAAUGUCAAAGAUCUCAUCACGUAUCCUGCAGAUGAUAUGGUUCAAAGCAGAGUGGUCGGGAACACACCCGUAGACAACUUGGCAUAUGUAAUCAGGACAUCCGGUUCAUCAGGAAUCCCCAAACAAUGCAACAUUUCUCACAGGAGCCUUGGUAUUAUAGCUGCAGCCUAUAAAAAGAUGUACAAGUUACCUGACAUGACAGUGAACUGUCUUCAGUGGGCACCCAUCUCAUUUGACGUCUUCACAGGGGAUCUGGUCAGAGCCCUAGUAUGUUCUUUUGGCCGAUUGACAAUCUGUCCAGAUGAAUUCCGGUUGGAUGUCUUCCACAUACUCGAUCUCAUCCACGAGCAGAGUGUCACUGUGGCAGAGUUCACACCACAGUUUGCUCGACAGCUUGUGGAGGCUGCCAAGCCUGAUCAGCUUGAAUCGCUCCAUAUCUUGAUCAUUUCAUCAGAUGUACUCCAAGUACACAUCUACAACAAAAUCAGGGAUCUCUUGAAGCCAACCCAAAGAGUAUUCAACACUUACGGGUUGACAGAGGCUACCAUUGACUCGUCUUGCUUUGAAGGACCAGUGUUGUCAAGGACCAGGAGUGGCAUGGUGCCGAUUGGGAAACCAUUUCCUAGUGUUCGGUUCCAUGUCUUGAACCCCUCAACCUUACGACCAUGCCCAGUGGGUACAGUCGGUGAACUGUACAUCAGUGGUGAUGUCUUGGCAUCUGGGGAUGCAGAGCUUGUUCACUUGGAGCAUGUUCAAUGUGUGGCACUGAAGACAGGUGAUGCAGCUUACUGGCUGCCAACUGGAGACAUUGAUCUGAUGGGUAGAUUGGAUAGCAUGGUCAAACUAAGAGGGUUCAGGAUUAGCACUACAGAGAUAGAAAACAAAAUACUGCGACUUGUUCCGGGAGUAAAGGCUGCCUGUGUUGUACCGAUGACUACCAGUGAAGAGUCUGACAGUACUGGGUCUUUGUGCGCCUUUCUGGUGCUUGAUGAGAACAGCCAAACUGGUGGUAUCGAGAUAGGUCGCAGAUAUGUUUGCCAAAAGCUACAAGGUGAUCUUCCGCUUUACAUGCUGCCCAAUCGUGUCAGCACCAUAGACGAAGUGCCGCUAUCUGCUCACGGAAAGGUCAACUACAAAAUGCUCCCGAGUAUCAAUGAUGUUGUCAAGAUGGAGACUAAGGAGGAGACCACGGAUAACACGGAGGAAACUAAAACUGUCUCAACUUUGAGAAUGCUGUUGGCUGAAGCGAUGGGCUUUCCAGACUCAAGUCGAAUUCCAAGUGACACAACUUUCAUGGAAUUAGGCGCCCACUCUCUCGUCCUGGUAAGAUUGUCGGUGCUUCUAAGACAGAAAACAACCUUUGAUGUCAAGGUAACGGAUCUGUUGAGGUAUCCAUCCAUACGUUCCCUUGCUGAUUACAUUGAACAGAAAACAUGAUUUGUAUAGACGUGCAGACGUACCUCUUCAACGGUGAAAAAGAGAGAUGAGAUAAUCUUGAAUGCCAUCUCAACUAUUCAGGGGCGUAGCACGGUCAUUUUUAUUAGGGGGUGUAAUUUUUUUUGAAAAGGGCACUUG